CUUACCUCUAGUCUGAGUGACAGACCUAUCUUCUAAUGCAUCGGAAGACAUCAUAACUUUCUCAUGGGAUGGUACGCGGUCAUUUAACGAGCGGAACUUACCGACAAUACCGUCGUCUGAUGUAAGUGAAGGCACAGCAACUAGUACUGAUUGUUGUGCUUUUUGGCACCUAAAUUGUUGCGAUAUCAGCGCACAAUGCAUAUCCACGUGUCUAUCUUCUUCAUUGUUCUAUGGUCCGUGACCGCUAUAUGGCCACAGCCUGUCGAGUGGUCUGUGGGAACUCAAGUACUUUGGCUUGGACAUGCUCCCGAGGUCACACUUCGUUGCGAUGAGAAGUCCUUUACCCUCCGAACUCGUGGACUCCAGCGGCUAAUCCAGUCUCUUGUGAGCUUCAUGGACAAUGUGUUCCGUCCUCCUCAAGCUUCCUGGGGCCUUUUUCAGACACUAUCAGACAUCGAAGGUUGGCAUGGAGGCAACAAUAAUUUCUCCGAGAAUUAUAUUCUACACAAGGCGGCAUUCGAGGCAAUGAACUCGAUGCAAAACUCGAAGUUCGUACCGUGGAAAUUGCAUGAACGCAAUGAACUCUUCGAGCCACUUCCUGAUGCCCCACGUCAUGAGCUCUCAGCUCUGCAAAUACAGCUAUCCAGUUGUCCCGCUAAAAGCACGUUCAACCCGGAUACAUUUUUUGACGGAGAUGAGUCUUAUGAACUGGUCAUGACCAAUGAAACAGCCAUAUUGAGAUCAAAUUCCACUCUUGGCAGUCUCCGAGGCCUCCAGACAUUCAGUCAGCUAUUCUACGCACAUUCGAGCACGUCUGGCGUCUACACACCUUACGUACCUUUACAAAUUGCAGAUCGCCCCAGAUGGCGGCAUCGCGGGCUGAGCAUUGACGUAGCCCGGAACCCAUUCAAGCCACAGGACCUGAUACGGACCAUCAAGGCGAUGGCUGCGACGAAAAUGAGUCGUUUGCAUGUGCAUGCAACAGAUUCACAGAGCUGGCCUCUUGAAAUCCCUUCUCUGCCCGAACUUGCUCGUAAGGGAGCCUACCGACCUGAUCUGGUCUGGACGGCCGAGGAUUUGAGAGAUAUUCAGCUUUACGGCGCAUCCAAGGGCAUCUCUGUCUUUGUCGAAAUUGACAUGCCGGGACAUACGGCAUCAGUCGCACACGCCUUCCCAGCUCUUAUAGCGGCAUUCAAUGAACUCGACUGGUCUACGUUUGCUGCAGAACCUCUCAGUGGGCAGCUGAAGCUGAACUUGUCAGCGGUCCAUGAUUUCUUGGAGGAUGUGCUGACAGAUCUUCUGCCUCGGACGCGGCCCUACACUUCGUUCUAUCAUAUUGGCGGUGAUGAAGUCAACAUUCCAGCAUACCUCUUGGACGACACAGUUCGCAGCGAUGACCCUAGCGUUCUACAACCCUUGCUGCAACGCUUUAUUGACCAUGCAAUAGUCCUAUCUACUAAACAUGGAUUGCAACCCAUUGUUUGGGAGGAAAUGAUACUGGACUGGAACCUGACCCUUCCGCUGGUCAACGGUACGUCGGACGGAGCAUUAGUGCAGGUAUGGAGGGACAGCAGCCGCAUCGAAGAAGUAUUGAAGAAAGGCCAUCGUGUCAUCUUCGGUGAUUUUAAGCAUUGGUAUCUCGAUUGCGGAUUCGGUGGAUUUCUAGAUCCUUAUCCGACUGGCAAGUCACCACCUGGUGUGCCAGUCAACACAACUGGCGGACGGCCAAGCAAACUUACAAGCCCCUAUCUCGACUAUUGCGCUCCCUAUCAUAAUUGGCGCCAGAUGUAUACGUACGACCCUCUUGCAAACAUAAGCGCCGACCUCAUCGCCGGCGUCGAGGGCGGAGAGGUCCUCAUGUGGAGUGAGCAGACCGACUCAUUCGACUUGGACAGCAAGUUGUGGCCAAGAGUAGCUUCUGCUGCAGAAGUGUUAUGGAGUGGGACAAGGCAAGACGAAUUGAUGGAAGAUGCCACCCGGAGGCUGGGGGAAUGGCGAGAACGCGGAAUCAUCGACCUAGGGAUCAAUAUGACACCAGUUGCAAUGACCUGGUGUCUGAUGAACCGAGGCCGCUGUAACUUGUAGUUAUAGACUUUCUAUUAUUUACUGAAUGUGUGAAGAUGAGAUGCGCGUGCAUUGGGUAUGCGUGAAGUGGUCUCUGGUGGUGUUGUGAUCGAGACGGACUUGACUUGAUGUGAUUGUAU